AUGGCAGAUAUCUAUAAGUGUGCAUUGGCUGGAACCCUCACUGCAGCCGAUCUAAGCGGGAAAGCCCAGAAGAUCGAUUCAGUCCAUGACCGAAGCAAAUUGACUCCUCUAGGCGCAGCUGUCUGGAAAAGCCAUGAGACUACCGUCAAGCUUCUUCUUUCAAACGGGGCAAACCCUAACGGUGCUUGUGGAUGCAGGCCACCUCUUUGGGUUGCAGCAGCAAGGACGAAAAAAAACGUUGGCCGUAUGAUUGAGAUCCUGCUAAGUGAGGGAGCGGAUCCGAAUCUACCAUCGCCAGUAGACGAUGACUCGACGCCCUUGCUCAGCGCAGUUAAAGACAAGCGGCACCCUGCUAUACUCCGGGCGCUUGUUGACGCAGGUGCAUCGCCCACAAUUCCCAAUAGCAAGCGCGAGACAGCAGAAAAUGUGGCAGCAGAGAAAAAGGAUCGAGAGAGGGCACGAGCGUUGCUUCCUCGAGAGCAGCGUUCCAGCAGUAGACUCUCGGUCCUUGCAAUGCUUACUGCAGUUGUUCUGUUUGUUGUCGCGUGGGCGAACAAGUACACCGCAAGCGCUGCUAUCGCGGCCGGAACGGCAGUGGUAGUGGGGGCUUCUGAAACUUCCUUGGGAGGUGUGAUCAAGAAACGGUUCGGAUUGAGUGGUAGAGUCGGUAAAGAGAUCCCACAGGAGGUCCAAGUUACCAAGCUGGAAGACUUUCAACACGAGAUGGAGGAGUACAUUGAGAAGUCAAAACUCGACUGUUUCUUUCGCCGAAAUGACCCAUUCCUGAAGACUGUGAUUAGAAAGGCCAUCAACCUGCAGGACCACCCGGACAACACCCUAAAUGUGGAAGAUAUGAUUUUGCUGGCGCUCUAUCAGCCCGUCCUGUACUGCGACGAUAGUGGCUCCAUGAGAAGAUAUCAUCGAAUCGAGCCCCAGAAUGAACUUGUCCAGCGCAUCACCAGCAUCACGACGCGGAUUGUUCCCGAUGACGAUGGGAUCGAGCUGCGGUUCAUCAAUCAGCCCACCGAACCAUGCAUGAGUAGACCGUCGCUCGAAACUAUCGGCGAGAUUAUGCAACGAGUUCCUUUCAGAGGGUGGACCGAAAUCGGCACAAAUCUCAGACUCAGGGUCCUCGAGGAGACGGUGUAUGCACCGCUACGACAACAAAAUCUGAAGCGUCCAGUGCUGGUCUCCAUCAUCACUGACGGCCACCCUGAGGGAGGCCCCGGUACACCGGAGAGAAGUGAUACAAUCAAACAAGUGAUUCUGGAGUGUGGGAGGGUGCUGGAGGCACAUGGAUAUCACCGAAACGUGGUUCGGUUCCAGAUCAGCCAGAUUGGCUCCAGCGACCAGGCCGCCGACUUUCUUCGAGCCUUGAGAUCCGAUCCAGACUUAGACGAAGUCCUAUACUGCACUACCGAUCGUCUCGACGACGAAUUCGCCAGUCUUCGCGACAAUGAAUCGCGGCUUGAACAAUGGCUGCUGAACCUCCUGAUGGGACCUAUCCUGCAAGCCGAGACGUCGUAG